AUAUGGCCAAGAACGUGGAUUUUCCUUGGCACUCUAUAAACUUGCAGAAACAUGCAAGGUAAUACACACUGUAGGAGAUAUAUACUGUACAUGUUACACUAACAGUUUUUUUGGUGAACCUCCAUAUUAUUUUUUUGAUGAACCUCUCUUUACACUGUUUUAGUGCUGUUUUAAUUAGGAUGUGACAGACACUCAUGCAAAGCAAGUGCUGCAUCUUAUUGAACGACUGCAGUUUGGAGUUCAGCAAAUUUUCAAUAUUGUCAUUGUGGGCCCGGUUGAGAAGAUCAUGAAGAUAAAAGACUGGCUGGACGACAACAGAGGAGAAUGCUCUGAAGCUGGGUACAUCAUUACAAAGGGCGUCAAAGCAUCUGGUAAUAUCUUUAACAUUAUACAGUAACAUGUUUACCGCACAACUUUCACUUGUUAAAAUCUCCCCACUUAAUGUUUCGAUGUGAGCAAGCCCCACAUUAGCUUUUAAACCUGCUUCUAGAUUCAGGCGUUAAUUAAAAUUUCCUAAAUGGUCCAGUUUAGGCGAGAAGUUUAAGACUAAGUAUUACUAUGUAUAGGUAUUGAGGACAUUGGGGAUAUGCAUACUGUAUGUUUUUUACUUUGUAGAGAAGGCCGACUGUACGGCCUAGGCAUAAAUAGCCUACAGUUGUACAUCCCGGCGUUUAAGGUAUUUACCCGACAUCAUUUACGAUGACAAAAUUAGUUUUGAUUAAAAGUUUUAACUGGCGCAUAUUUUUUUUAAUUUUUAAAGGGAGUACUUCGUGUGGGAUGACACAGUCUGUGUACGGCUUUCUGGUGUACCACGCUGCAGUUGGUCAACGAGUCUUGCCAGAACACUUCAAUUUCCAGGCAGGUUGUGUUGAGAAUGUUAUUAACGUUGAAGCAGAACCAUGGGAAUACCAAUUGUGCAGGAAAGUCAUUGAAAUGUUUAGCCGUCCCGGAGAUUGGGUACUGGACAUAAAUUUACCCAAAGGUAUUUUAUAUUUCUAAAAUGUUUUGGCAAUGUUAAACGGACACAGUCAGUCACCAUUUGAGCGAUGCUAAUUUAGUUUGAUAUGGACCAACUAAAGAUCACCAACUUUAAAUCACAUCGCUGUGACUAGAAACAGCGACUGUGUUUCCCUUUAAGGAAUCAUGUGUCUGACAAUUAACCUUUUCUCCACCGAGCAUCUAUGGAUUGUUUGGCGGGACAAGCUAGACGACUGUAAGAGCGCUGCAAUCCUUAGUCCUAUAAAGAGAAAUGUGUUUACAAUGUGUGUUUUUUCUGAUUUUGUUUCAUUUUUUCUCAGUAACUGGAAUUGCCGCUGCCUUAAGCACUGACAGAAAUGGUCUGUGUUUGGUCAAAAAUGAAGAGGAGAGACAAACUGCAAGGGAAAUACUAAGCGAACUCGUUUGAGGCAAAAAGAUGCGAACACGGUAACAUUGCUGACUGAGGGACUGUUCCUUUAAAUUAAGACCGGCCACAAAUAUUUUUUAUGUUGAUAUGUUCUUAGUAUGUAGUACACAAUUAAAAAUAUUAAUUACUCAGAACGACGUUCAUUUUACAACACUACUUACAGAUAUUGAAUAAAAUAUUGAAUUUUCGCCAUAAAUUAUUUUAAUGUGCUCCAAUAUUUUGUGGUUAUUUAUAGAUUUUAUUAUUUUUAGAGAUAGAAUAGCGCGAAAUUCGGACAACCCUAUUAUAAUAUCGUUAAUCUGAUUUUCGGAGAUAGGGAAGAUCUCUACAAACCAGAAAAG